UAAUAAAUAAAAAUCAGAAAAAGAGGGGAGUGAGGACUUGACGGGAGAAGAGAGAGAUAAGUCAGAAACAAAUUUCAAUUCGAAAUACCAAACAGCCUAGAAGGGUUUAGGAGAGAAGGGAAAAUUUUUUUCUUCUUGCGUUUCAUUUUUAUUUUUCUAGGGUUAGGGUUUUGAAACUGUCUCUCACCUUACAUCUCUGUUUUCUCUCUAAAACAUACUCAUAAUUUAAUGGCGGAUCAACAACAGCAAACAACAGUGACCAAACCAGAAAUGAGGAAGCCUGUGUUCAAGAAGGUUGAACAGUUAAAGCCUGGAACUAGCGGACACAAUCUCGUUGUGAAGGUAGUCACUUCUACGACUGUGUUGCAGAAGGGACGUCCUGGUACCCAGCAACAAAAACCUCGUCAGACUAGCAUUGCUGAGUGUCUUAUUGGAGAUGAAACUGGGACGAUCCUCUUCACCGCUCGCAAUGAACAAGUGGACUUGAUGAAGGCAGACUCAACAGUUAUUCUGCGAAAUGCAAAGAUUGACAUGUUCAAGGGAUCCAUGAGGUUAGCAGUUGAUAAAUGGGGCCGUGUGGAGGUUACUGAACCUGCAGAGUUUGUUGUUAAAGAGGACAACAAUCUCUCUCUUGUUGAAUAUGAACUGGUAAAUGUUGCAGAAUGAUGAGUUCGGUGAUUUGCAUCUGGUAUUCUGUGUCCUACUGGAAGAAGGCCGAGUCUUAAAGCCAUGUGGGUUAGGUUUAUUUUGAAUGUUCUUCGAAGUUGCUAUGAAGGUUUAAAUUCUGGUAAUAUUAAACUAAAACCACUGAAGCUACUACGUCUUUUUCUUCAAAUAUUUAUUAUGAUAAAUUAGGUAUUAGUUUAGGAAUCAUCUUUUGCUGUUGGCUGGAUGUGAAAAGGAUCACAUACUGGAUACAGUACCUUCCACCUUUUGCUCCUAAUGUAUUCACUUGGAAAGUAAUAACAUCUAAAUUAUCAUAAUCUAUUAGCCUCUCUCUGUUUCUUUUGGAUGA